UAUCGUAGUUGAAGAGGCACCGGCUCCCCUACAUUACGGUGCCAAACUGAGUGUUUACGUUACUCCUAAACUGAAGACGAGAGAUAUAUUUUAUCAAAGGAACUAAGAUUUGCCUAGAAGUACAAAAUCAUUGAAGAUGAUUAAGCUUUUUUCUUUAAAACAGCAAAAGAAAGACGAGGAAUCUGCAGGAGGAAACAGAACAGGAGCCGGGGGUAAAAAAGCAAGCGCGGCCCAGCUUCGAAUACAGAAAGACAUCAAUGAACUGAAUCUCCCAAAGACCUGUGAGAUUGUCUUCCCAGACCAGGAUGACCUUCUGAACUUCAAACUCAUCAUCUCACCAGACGAGGGUUUUUAUAAAGGGGGAAAGUUUGUCUUCAGCUUUAAGGUAGGACAGGGUUACCCUCAUGAUCCACCAAAAGUGAAAUGUGAAACAAUGGUGUAUCAUCCCAACAUUGACCUGGAGGGCAACGUCUGUCUAAAUAUAUUGAGGGAGGACUGGAAGCCCGUCUUGACAAUAAACUCCAUCAUAUAUGGACUACAGUAUCUAUUUCUAGAGCCAAAUCCCGAAGACCCCUUGAACAAAGAGGCGGCGGAGGUCCUGCAGACGAACCGGCGGCUCUUCGAGCAGAACGUCCAGCGAUCCCUGAGGGGCGGCUACGUGGGCGCCACCUACUUCGAGCGAUGUCUGAAAUAGUCCCGCCUCCUAUUCACCCCCGAAAAAAAAGAAAAAAAACAGAAAACAACAACAACAAAAAAACAAAAAAACAAAAACAAAAAAACAAAAACCGGCCACUUCUUCCCAAGACGCAUUUUACCGUUUACACGCGCUGAGAAUACUGACUGACACACUGAUGGGAGAGAGGAGAUGGGG